AUGGAGGAAAGACGCAAUUCCCGUGACCGCCGUAAUUAUAUUUUACCGGGUCCAAACGAUCCAUCCUUGCUAUAUGCACAAGCCGAUCAUCGGUCUGAGGCUAUAUGGCAAGGGAGUAUGGAAGUUGGGGCAAUUGCUUGCAGAAGGACGGGAACAAUUUUACAUCUGGACGACAUUCCGGAUCGAAUAAUACCUUACCUGCGACGAACUGGAUUUUAUGGGGUAAUACGGUUAGGAUAUUUUGCAUUGGAUUGGCAGCUAAUUAGUGCCCUGGUGGAGCGGUGGCGACCAGAGACCCAUACGUUUAUGUUUCCCGAAGGGGAAAUGACCAUUACCCUUCAGGAUGUAGGGUUAAUAACCGGGUUGCCGGUCGAUGGUGCAGCUGUUACAGGGCGUUCACGCCACCAUUGGCCAUCGUUGUGUGAGGCACUAUUAGGUGUCGUUCCACCUAAUAGUGCCCUAAGAGGUUGUUACUUGAAGAUGGUAUGGCUAGCUGAGGAGUUCAGUCAGCUUCCAAAUGACCCCGACGAGGAAGUUGUGCAGAGGUUCGCACGCGCAUACAUCAUGAGGGCUAUUGGAUCUAUUUUUAGUGAUACAUCAGCUUCACGUGUGAACAUUAUGUUUUUAUCUCUGCUAGCCGACUUGGAUGAAGCCGGCAAUUAUAGCUGGGGUGGUGCAUGUUUGGCAUGGCUGUACAGACAGUUAUGUAAGGCGACAAAUCCUGAAGUUAUGCAAAUGGCAGGUCCAUUGUUCAUUCUCCAGAUAUGGGCAUGGGACCGUAUCACAGCAGUUUCGCCGACACUGUCCGUACGAGUACCACAUCAUGAUGCUCCACUAGGCAGCAGGUGGAGUAAUGCCAGGCAUAUAACGGAGGUCAUCACCCACGUACUCGUUGAGCUGCGUUAUCAGCUAGAUCGUUUAUUACCUGAGCAGGUAAUUUGGGAGCCAUACAAUGAUGCCCUUAUUGAGUCGUUACCCGAAGAUUGUCGGCAAGGACGACAAAUUUGGAGAGCUGUAGUGCCAUUAGUAUGCUUUCAUAUUAUAGAGUGGCAUCAGCCUGAUCGGGUCAUGCGCCAGUUUGGUAUGCAGCAGCAUAUUCCCGCUGAACCACAACAAUCUGCUGCACUCCAUGAUAUUGACCUGCGUAAGAGCGACACAAACUGGGCUGAGGUGCACUCCCACUGGAUUGCACGCUGGAACACCCGAGAUAGACGAAUAAUUACUGCCCCGCCAGCAACAGGGCCACUCCAUUUUCAUUCAGAGUAUAUGGAGUGGUACCGUAGGGUGUCCAGACGCUGGAUUUCAGUUAGGGGAGCGGCAUUGGGAUCAGGGGAGGAUGGUCUGGAGCAUAUGCAAGCUAUGGCGACAAAUCCGACCACGGGGAGCAUGGCAUCUAUUUGCGACCUCCUACAGUCUGUAUCAUUCUGUAUGAUGGAAGAGAGGCGACAAACACAGCUCCCAGCUCCACAUCCAGCACCUGCUCCACCACACAUCACUACUGACCCAGAUGACCCACCCAUUCCAGAUUCAGUUUCACGUGGAAGUCGGGGUAGAAACCGUGGUCAUGGCAGGGGUCGUAGAAGGGAUCAUCCAAAAAUAGUAGAACGUGAUAGUGAUGUGCAUCCAGUGCCUCCCCCGAUACAGUAUCACCAGUCCCAAGCUGAAUACGAACAUGCACCGAGUUCCUCUAAUGUGCCACCCAUGUCUUCUCAGAUACCUUCAAUGUAUUAUCCUUCCCAGAGUCAGUUCAUGGGAUGGACGCCUGGGUCGAAUACGAUGCCUUCAUUCACUCCCGGUGCGUAUGGUGUACCAUUUACGCCGAUAGGAUCUAUGUUCCCAGCAUUUCCACCAGAGCCUGCCCAUGAUACUUCUACCUCUAGGAUAUAA